AUGUGCAACCUACAAGAAGCGCAACAAUCGCCAAAUAAGAAUCAGAACCAAAAGGAUAAUUCAGCACCACGGCAAUCGCCGACGGCUGCCUAUGCCUUGUAUUUGCACCGUGAGGAGUUGCGUCGUCGCAAAAUACACUCGGCACGCACUUCCAUGACCAAAAUUCAAUUGACCAACGAGCUAAUCUCUAAGACCAAGCAGAACAUUAGCAUAUGCAGCAAUGAGGAUCUGCAGAUAUUGGCUCGCGAGACGCUCUUCAAGAAGAACCUGCAACGGCAUCUCCACUACCGUCGAAUGCAGCUACAGGCUUGGAUGCUUGCCAAGCGGCAGGCAAAGAACCCGCAAUAA